GCAGUGUUGAUCUUGUAAGUGCUAACCAAGCACAAUGGACAGCGGUGCUCAACGGGAUGCGUUAUGUCCCGGCACCGGCAGCGAGCCGACAACAGUACAGCAAGAGAGGCACGACCUGGCAGACAUUCUACUCCAUACAAUGCGCGCAGUCAUUUGGAACAGCUCCAUGGGGGAGCUGCAUUCCCGGUCCACACUGCAGCUGCAGCACGAUCUGAGCCACAACGUAAAGAUACUUGCAGCAGCUGUCAAGGUCGCGGACAACCAGUUGAAACAGCUGGAUGCACGCAUUGCUACCUUGGAGGCAAGGCCUCCCCAAGCAGCGCCAGGCUGCACGCCAGAUAUGACAGACACAACGAAGCAGCUCAAUGGGCGCAUCGAUCAUGUCGUCAAUCUCAUCGGCGACAUAGGUUUUUUCAAUGGGUCGGACACGAUCAGUAGCACGGUGGCCGCCAUCAAGACGGACAUCACCAAGCUGCAGACGAAACCGGACGCCACUACGAAGAACUACAAGAUGCCACACUUCGACAUCAGCAAGUUCGACGACCACAACAAGAUGGACGCUUUGGCAUGGUGGCAACGUUUCCUCACGGAAGCAUCAUGCCGCACUGUCCCGGAUGACUAUCUGAUGAUGGUGUUAUACUUACAGCUGAUUAGAGGAGCGCAGGCAUGGAUGAACCAUCUGGCGGCUACCCACACAUGCACCAUCGCCGAACUUCACACGCACAUCACGUGGAAGGAGUUCGGGCAGCUAUGGUUCACCCGGUUCAUGGUCCGCAACGUCGUGAAGGCGGCCAUGAACGAGGUGUACACCUGCUCUCAAGGAAGUAUGCCAACUCGAGACUGGACAACUAAGUGGCAGAAGAUAGUGACCACGCCAAGCUUCGAUUUGACUUUUCCUAAUCAACGAUCCGAGUUCUUCUCGCGAUUGUGCGCAGGAUUGCGGUCGGCACUCGGUAACGAGUACGACUAUACCUCGUUCCAGGCUAUCCUGGAUCGCGCAAACCUGGUCAUCCAAACGGACGACAAGGCCGCUAACAAGAAACAAUCCCAGCCGCAUUAUGUGGCUAAGCAUGGCUAUCAACGUCCGACACAUAACAAUGUCGUACUUUCUGAAGAAACAGACGAUCUCCGAGCUGCAGCAGCAUCCUCGAGUGAUGGAGGAAUUGUAGCAGCGCUCCUGCCGAAGUGUCCUAAGAGGGUCCGGAAACCCAAGGCGACACAAGAGAUGACAUCGACGGGAACUGGGCAGCAGCCAUGGACGGCCUACAACAUCACCAAGGAAGUUUAUGAACUUCGUCAAAAGUAUAGAUAUUGCCUUUGGUGCAAUGGAGUCACACACUUGACUGCACAAUGCCCCGAAAAGGGCAAGGCACGCGUACUCCGUCCAGCAAACUCGGGAAACUGAGUCACGCAAGGAGAGGGGCGACGUCUCUCCUCACUCCGCCGGAACCGGUUGCCU